AUGGUGGAUAAUCAGUCUGCGAAGCGCAAGGCUCCCUCCGUCGAGGCCUCCGACGGCUACUUCGAGAGCUACGCCGGCCUUGGCAUCCACGAGGAGAUGCUGCGCUGCAGACGCACAGACGCCUACCUGCAAGCCAUCCGCAGUGCCGGCCUCGCGGGAAAGACGGUUCUAGACGUCGGCUGUGGGACUGGGGUGCUCGCCAUCGCGUGUGCGCGUGCUGGCGCGCGCAAGGUCUACGCCGUUGAGGCGUCGGCAGUCGCUGAGUGCGCGCGUGCCGUCGUCAGCGCCUCCGGGCUCACCGGCUUAGUUGAGGUGAUCCGCGGCAAGGUGGAGGAGGUGGAGCUGCCCGAGCGCGUCGACGUGAUUGUCUCCGAGUGGAUGGGCUGCUUCCUGCUCUACGAGUCGAUGCUCGACUCCGUGCUGCGAGCGCGCGACCGCUGGCUCAAGCCCGGAGGGAGCAUGCUGCCUCGGCGGGCGCAGAUGUGGCUCGCUCCUUUCCGGGACGAGGAGGCCGCCGAGGAGCAGAAGGCGUUCUGGGCGGAUGUCCACGGCAUCGACAUGAGCUGCCUCGCCCCGAUCGCUCGCGCGGAGCUCGCGCGCAGGCCUGAGGUCGAGCUGCUGCUGGCGCAGAACGUGAUCUCGUCGCCGAGCUGCGUGCUCGACAUCGGGGACCUCGCCAGCUGCGACCUGUCCGACUGCCAGUCCCUCUGCGCGAGCUUCGACCUGAGCAGCCACGUGCGCGCGGAGCUGCACGGCUUCGUCGGCUACUUCGCCGUCGAGCUCGUCCCGGGGCAAUGGCUGAGCACUGCGCCCGACGCAGAGCCGACGCACUGGCGGCACGUCCUCUUCCACUGCGAGCUGCCGCUGCCCGUGCAGCAGGACGAGCGCAUCCGGGGCCGCCUCACCAUGACGCAGGCCACGCAGAACCCGCGCUGCUGGGACGUGGUCAUCUCCUUCGGCGUGUCGGGCGGCGGCGAAGAGCGCACUCAGCGAUACGAGCUGGACGUGAGGUGUUGA